AAUACAGGUAACGAAUUAACCAUAAACCUGCGCCCCCAUUAAAUAUUCUUCUCAUUAUCUUCCAACUCCCUCUCCUAUUUUUUUUAUAAAAACCAAAUUUCAUUGCCUUUUUUUUCUGCUCAAUUCCAUAUUAUCUUUUUUAUUUUCCAAAACUAAAAAAAAUGGAAGGAGGACUAUCAGUAUCAACACCAAGCUUGUACAGUGGAUUAAAAUGUUACUGGAAGAGGAGGAGAAGAGGAGGGUAUGAGAGGCUAAACGGGUCGGGUUGUAGGAGGAAGAAUCGGGUCGGGUUGGGGAGAGGAAGGUUCUGGAAGAUAAAUCUAAAGCCGAGGCCGAAUCUGAAGCUCCGGCGAUUUUCGCCGAAGAAAUUGUUAUUGAAUAUGCGGGAUGCGUAUGUGAAUAUGAUGAUGAAGAUUGCUAAUUCGAGAUGUAUGAGUAGUGGGAUUGGUGGUGGAUUCGGAACGAGGCAAUUGAAAGAGUAUGAUGAGAAGAUGCUCGUCGAGAUUUACAAGUCCAUGAUUAUUGCGCAGGGACAGUUAGUUGCUCGCGAUGGUGUUGGUGUUGGUGUUAGUGCUGGUGCUGGUGCUGUAAAAUUUGGCACUCCAAUUCUGUGCCAACGGUAAUUGACAAACAAUGGAGUUUGAGCAACAAUAGUGGAGUGGGGUAUACACUAAAAAGAUUACCCAAGGUCCUAACAAGAAAAGAAAAGAAUGGGGUAAAAACUAUCCACAAAUCAAUAAAUAUAUUUUUCAUAUGGUGU